AUGCAGAAUUACAGGGACCUAGCGAACACCACCCUAGAUCAGAAAAAAUUUUUGGACGAAUGUAUCUUCAUCGUCAAGGAGCAGAGCUUUUACAUGAAGCAGGCACUGGAAAAUGGAUCCCUCCGGGACACGCUGAAGCACGCGUCAAACAUGCUAUGCGAAUUGAGGACGUCGCAGCUGUCGCCCAAGUACUACUACGAGCUAUACAUGCUGAUAUUCAACGAACUGCAGCAUUUGGACACAUUUAUAAAUGACAAAAAAAAACAUAAAAAGAGGUUUAUCGAUAUAUACGAGAGUGUCCAACAUGCGGGAAAUAUCAUCCCCAGACUUUACCUACUAAUCAUUGUGGGAAGAAACUACAUAAAGAACAAAGACAUUAAGGCAAAGUAUAUCUUAAAAGACAUGACGGAAUUGUGUAAGGGUAUUCAGCAUCCACUGAGGGGGUUAUUCUUACGCUACUUCCUAAUUCAGAUGUGCAAGGAUAGAAUACCCGACACAGGAAGUGAGUACGAAGAAGCAGGUGGAGGAAACAUAGAUGAUGCCUUUGAAUUUCUUCUCACCAAUUUUUAUGAAAGUAUCAAACUGUGGAGCAGGAUGAGUGACAAGGUGGUAACCAAAUUGUCACCGGGACAAGAGGAACAAGUUCUGCAUAAUAAUCGAAACAAAGUGUUAAGAGAAAAAAUGGAUGUAAAAAUGCUAGUGGGAUCGAAUCUGGUUCGUAUGUCCCAGUUGGAAGGAAUGACAAGACAGUACUAUAUUGAUAAGUGUCUCCCCAAAUUGCUACACAAUCUUUCCACCAUCAACGACUCGCUGAUUCAGCAGUACGUCUUUGAAUCCAUCGUCCAAGUCUUUAGUGACGAAUGUCAUAUAUACACUCUGGAUAUUCUCCUAAAUGCUAUUUUGAAAAUAAAUAGCUCACUUGAUUUUAAGGGCAUCCUCAUUACGUUAUUGAAAAGGCUCCGAUCUUUUAUCGAGUCUAAUAAGUAUGAAGUACCAGCAGAGGUGGACAUUUUUUCUCUCUUUUAUGAACACCUUGUUCUGUACGUCAAUCGGACAUUAGAUUCAUAUGAGGGAGGGAAAGGCACGUACAGUUUGGGGUUCCAACAGGAGGGUCACAAAUUUCCCGCCAGGGGGGACACAGCUGUGGACUACUACAAGGGGGAGGAACAGAAGAAGAGAGGCUCCCCGACUUGCGCCACGACGGCGGCGUCAGCCAAUGUGGUCACCGUGAACAUCGCCAACGCGGCAAGCAGCUCCCCUACGAUGGGGACCCACCAGAUCAACGCGAACGACCUCGUGCCCAACUGCAAAAUUGUCAAAAGUGCGGAUAGAAGUGGAGACAGAAGUGCAGAUAAGUAUGCAGAUAAACGUGCAGAUGGGAGAAGCCACCCCGGGGAAGAGAAGAGGACGAUGAACGAAGCCCCCUAUUAUGGGGGCGCGACGCACCAGGGAAGCAGCAACAAAGCGGCCAGCUAUGGAAAAGAUCCCAGGGGUACCCACCGCCGGUACAGUAAUGAAGAGAAAAAACAGCCAAACGGUGAAGACGAUGAAUCGGUGGAGAACGUAGUUAAAAUGCUGCAAGUUAUUUAUGAGUUCAUUUUUCUAUGCAUACGUAUAUACGACGAUGCGAUUACAUUCAGCAAACUGUUUGAUCUUCCAUACACCAUCGCAUCCAAUGUGAACCUCAACAAUGACGUUCUCUGCGAACAGAUAAUUAAUAUCAUUGUUCUUCCCUUUAACUACUUGGGGCUGAGUGCGCUGAAGGGGAAGAAUAUGCAAGCGCUGCUGACCAGCAUAACAUCUCAGAAACAUAAAAAGAAGCUCAGCCUGGACGUCAUUGACGCGAUUAUUGAGUGCAAGAAUAAGGCCAUCGUUUACAAUGACGUGGAGGAAAUUCUCAAUUACAUUUCCCCCAUUUUUAACGAAGAGGUGACGAGGAAAGCGGACCCCGCAGAUGAUGCACCCCAGAGAGAGGCCCACCAGAGAGAGUCGCCUCACGCGCACCUGUUCAACCCACAAAACAGCACCAUCACCUAUACGACCAAAAAAAUGUGCAAAUUUUUUCACAUCAUCACGAAUACGGACGAUAUUGACGGGCGGUAUAACAUCUGCAUGCUGUUUUAUAAGCACAUAGAGAAUGGCCCCUACUUGGUACAUCUCCUGCCUACCAUUGUGUUUACCAUGCUGGAGUUAGUCACGACCAUCACGAAUUUUUCCUCCAACUCGGGCACAAAGAGUCAGUCGCAGCAGGAUCUCCCCUUCGAGAAGAAGGAACCCCCCGAUGAGCAUGCCCUUGAUGAGGACGCCCCCAAUAAACAUACCUAUGAUGACCAUACCUAUGAUAUGCACACCCAUGAUGACCUCCACCUGCUACGUAGCAGCCGCGGUGACGGCACCACCCGCAUGGACGGCUUCCCAGGGAACCACGCGGACGACCCCUACUUGGAGCAAAAACUAAAGCAAUACAACUUGUACGUAAAAAACAUUUUAAAAUUUAUUCACACAAACCUCCUCAGCGUAAGUAGUCAAAUUCCGAUGCUAGCGCUGAAGCUUUUCCUGCACAGUGCCGUAGUGGUAAAUAACUACCAUCGCUUCGUCCAAGCACAUGAAUUCUUAUCCUUUGAAAAUUUAGAAGCCAUCUGUUACGAAUUCAUAACACAGCCACUGAUUAUCUACGAGGAGGAUAUAAACAUCUCCUCACAACAGUACAGCUGCAUCAUCUGGAUCACAGGCAUUCUGUGUUCCCAUAUUACUCUCCUCCAAAAUGAAAACUACGAAAAUAUUGCACUCAAGUUAACUCAGCAUGCAAAUAAGUUGCUCAAAAAAAAGGACCAAUGUCUGGCCAUCUUGGCAUGCUCUCAUAUUUAUUGGGAAAACACAAAGUACAGAAAUAGUGCCAAGGUGUUAGAGUGUCUCCAGAAGUGCAUAAAGAACGCAGAGAUCGCCGUACAGUCAAAUAACGAUAAUGUAGUUCUCUUCCUUUUUUUGUUGCAAAAGUAUGUCUACUACUACGAGGCAGAAAAUAUCGAAGUCACGGAGGACAGCGUGCAUUACCUGCUCCAUAUCUGCCAGGAGGAAUACUCCAGAGAGAGCUGCGACGAGAGCUUUAAGCACGAAUUCUUGCAGACCGUCAAGUACAUACACGACAAGAAGAAGAGUUCCAACGCCUUCGCCAAAAUUGGCCUCGACGCCUCGCUUCUCCGCUAG